AGACGGGAAAGAGUUGCAGUGUUUUUGCCCACGUAACACGCGCACACAGAGCAGCUUCGUCUCCUGCAGUUUACACCCAUCCGUGUUUUUGUCUCUUGAUUAAGAAACUAGUCCGGUUUCAUUCCGUCUCCAGUAGCUCAGAGACCUGGUUCAGUAUGUCCGGCUUUGACGACCCGGGAGUUUACUACAGCGACAGCUUCGGAGGUGGCGACGGACACGGCGGGGAUGAAGGCGGACUGAAGAAGAUCCAGAUCAAGAAACGGUUCCGUGAGUUCCUCCGCCAAUUCCGAGUGGGUACUGACCGCACGGGCUUCACCUAUAAAUACAGAGAUGAGCUGAAGAGACACUACACACUGGGGGAGUACUGGGUGGAGGUGGAGAUGGAGGAUCUGGCCAGCUUUGACGAGGACCUGUCAGACUGUCUCUACAAGGUGCCAUCAGAGAACCUGCCGAUGCUGGAGGAAGCUGCGAAGGAGUUGGCCGACGAGGUGACCCGCCCCCGGCCCGUGGGGGAGGAGACCGUCCAGGACAUCCAGGUCAUGCUGAGGAGCGACGCGCAUCACGCCUCCAUCCGUGGCCUCAAGUCGGAGCAGGUGUCCCGUCUGGUGAAGGUGCACGGCAUCAUCAUCUCGGCCACGCCAGUGAGGGCGAAGGCCACCAAGGUGUGUCUGCAGUGCCGCAGCUGUCGCCACCUCAUCAACAACAUCCCUCUGCCCCCGGGCCUGCAGGGUUACGCCCUGCCACGCAAGUGCAAUCAAGAAUUCUGGAAAGGGCAAAGGUGUCCCGGUGACCCCUACUUCCUUCCGGACGCUGCCGUUUGCGUGUACUUCAAGACGCUGCGCCUGCAGGAGUCCCCGGACGCCGUGCCUCACGGAGAGAUGCCCCGUCACAUGCAGCUCUACUGCGACCGGUAUCUGUGUGACCGCGUGGUCCCGGGCAACCGAGUGACCAUCGUGGGUAUCUACUCCAUCAAGAAGACGGCCGCCGUGAAGCCCCAUGGCAGAGAGAAGAGUUCCGGCGUGGGCAUCCGUGCGUCCUACCUGCGAGUGGUUGGCAUCCAGGUGGACACGGAAGGAGCAGGACGUGGCGCGACUGGCUCGGUCACCCCACAGGAGGAGGAGGAGCUGAGAGCGCUGUCCGCCUCGCCAAACGUUUACGGCUCCCUGGCCCGCUCCGUAGCUCCCUCCAUCUACGGCAGCGAAGAUCUGAAAAAGGCCAUCACCUGUCUGCUGUUUGGGGGUUCAAGGAAGAGGCUUCCCGACGGACUCACUCGCAGGGGGGACAUCAACCUCCUGAUGCUGGGAGAUCCUGGCACGGCCAAGUCCCAGCUGCUGAAGUUUGUGGAGAGGUGCUCGCCUAUCGGGGUGUAUACCUCGGGGAAAGGCAGCAGUGCCGCGGGUCUGACCGCCUCUGUGCUGAGGGACCCCCACACCCGCGGGUUCAUCAUGGAGGGAGGGGCCAUGGUGCUGGCCGAUGGCGGAGUCGUGUGCAUCGACGAGUUCGACAAGAUGCGAGAGGACGACCGAGUGGCCAUUCACGAAGCCAUGGAGCAACAGACCAUUUCCAUUGCCAAGGCGGGCAUCACCACCACCCUGAACUCUCGCUGCUCCGUGCUGGCUGCCGCCAACUCUGUGUUCGGCCGCUGGGACGACACGAAGGGGGAAGACAACAUCGACUUCAUGCCAACCAUCCUGUCCCGUUUUGACAUGAUCUUCAUCAUCAAAGACCACCACGACCAUCAGCGGGACAUGACGCUUGCUCGUCACGUGAUGAACGUUCACCUGAGCGCCCAGACGCAGACUGAGGGCGUCGAGGGUGAGAUUCCACUGGCCACCUUCAAGAAAUACAUCGCCUAUUCCAGAACUAAGUGUGGCCCUCGGCUCUCCGCCGCGGCCGCCGAGAAGCUGAAGAACCGGUACGUGGUGAUGAGGAGCGGAGCAAGGGAGCACGAAAGGGAGUCCGACAAAAGGCCCUCCAUCCCCAUCACCGUCAGGCAGCUGGAGGCCGUCGUGCGCAUCGCAGAGUCGCUGGCCAAGAUGAAGCUCCAGGCUGUGGCCGGAGAGGAAGAGGUGGACGAGGCCCUCCGACUCUUCCAGGUGUCCACACUGGAUGCUGCGCUGUCUGGAAGCCUUUCAGGAGUGGAGGGCUUCACUUCCCAGGAGGACCAGGAAAUGAUCUCGCGCGUUGAGAAGCAGAUGAAGAGACGCUUCGCUAUUGGCUCUCAAGUGUCCGAGCACAGCAUCGUCCAAGACUUCACCAAACAGAAGUAUCCAGAGCACGCCAUCUAUAAAGUCCUGCAACUGAUGUUGAGAAGGGGCGAGCUGCAGCACCGCAUGCAGAGGAAAGUGCUCUACAGAGUCAAGUAGAGCAAGCCGUGCGCCGACAGGAGCAUUGUUGAUGUAAAUAGUUUGAUGUUUGCCUGUUCACAGCACUCUGUCUUUCCCAACGGACCUCUUUGAGUAUUCGGUCGCUGUCUGGAGGGGAUUCAUUUGAGCAGCAGCUGUCGGAUUACUUGUAACCACAACGCUGCCACACAAAUGUUAUCAAGCUUCCGCAUGAUGUGUAAAAAAAUAAUAAUAAAAAUUAAAGUGUUUUUUU